UGACGGCGUCGACCACCGAGCACUUUGAUUCCGUCACAAAUUUGAUCGACUGACCUAGACGACUCCGUUGUGGGUCUCCGACGUCGGUUCUUCUCCAGCGAAUGGGAUUUUGCUGCUACUCUUCUGUUACCUCCUUCGACAAACUGUGAUUUGAGCCUUUCCACUAGCCACCGAUACAGACUGCUUCGACGGACUUUGGUGACCAUCUUGUGGGCCUUCGACGUAGGUCAUCCUCCGGCGACUGGUAGUUUUCUCCGAUAACUCAAGGAUUUUUGGCAAAAAAUUCGUUAACUAAGGGCCUCCUUUAGAUCUUUUUUUUUUUUUUUUUUUUUUUUUUUUUUUUUUUUUUUUUUUUAAACCUUUAGAGGAUGAAGCAGGAACAAUAGGAAGUAGUGGGUUUGACAAUAACGACGAAGCACGAUGCGGUUUCGUCCCCAUUGGAAGGAGAGGGGUGGUUGAAAGUUGAAUAAAAAACUUUCGUUUUUACGAAAGAGGGAGGUAAUAUUUUUCGUAUUUCUAAACGUAGCAAAAAGAUAGCUAAGUUCAUGUAUCUAGGGGGGACGACAGCUUCAUGGGUGGCUAAGGGGAUUGAGGAUUGUUUAGAACUUAACUGCCAUGAAGGUUUCUUUAGAGAGUUAAGGAUGGGUAAUGGAGUUUUUAGCAUUCAACAUCAUGUUAAUGCAAGGGGCAGUUUUCUGCAGCUCUCUGAAUUCCGAAAUGGAAGGAGGAAAGGUUUGUUGGUGAUUCCGGAAGGCGCAAAUGGCGUUGGAUGGAAAGGCUUUCUGCAAUCCAUUCUAAGUGUCACUGAAUCUAAAGCCAUUACUAGAAGUGGCGAGUUUGUUGAUGGAAAAACAGUGGGAAGGCCUUCCUCAAUCAAAGGUGCUUCAUACGUAGCGAUGUUGAGGUCACUGGCGGGUAGUCAGGCCGAGAUCAGCUCAGCGGUAGAAAGAAAGGGCAAUGCACUUGUAGGAGACAAAAGAUCUCAGGUGAAAUUGGGUGAGUUGGAGGGAGGAGUUAUGGAUUAUGUAAGAGAUCUAAUGAUUAAAGUGGAUAAGGGGCUGGACCUAGUUGUGGGUACAAGUGUGCUACCAAGUGUGCCGGAAAGUGUGCAAGCAAAGGGUGUGUCGACGAUAUGGUCGUUGGACGCUGGCAUCUUUGUUCAUGCCAAUGUCGCUAUGCCUUCUGAGGGAGCUGUAGGGUCUCAGGCACCAGCUGCAGAUGAAGUUGGUCCUUUUGUCUAGGGUUCAUUUGUAGUUGAAGAUGGGGGUCCCUCCAAGGUCUUGAGUAUUUUGGAAGAUACAGUCGAGCCUCUUUUUUAAGAUGCAAACGGGGCAACAGAAGGUAGUGCUUCCCCUCUUGAGGAAGCAAUACGGCAAGGAUCGUCGAGGGGUGGAGCUAAUACACACAAUGUUGAUGGAGGGAAGAAAUUUGCAAUGGUAACAGAUGGAGGGGACAACAACCAUAUAGAUGUUGAGCAACCAUUGGGCAGGAAGGAUUUGUCAUUGGUGCCUCGUGUGGGGGAAGGUUCAGAAUUGGCGUUGGUGCCCUGUGUGGGGGACGGUUUAGAGUCGGGAGCACAGUCGAGUACUGUGGCUGGGGAUAAUGUCGUUCCCCUGGUUUCUCUUCCUCCAAUCAACGAUAUAGCGGGUUCAACAUCCGAUUGGAUUCUGAAUAAAGAUAACGGGUUUCUACAAACCCUGGGACUUUCAUAUGGAGAACAGGGAGAAUAUGAAGACCAAUUUAAAACACUACUCACUGCAAUCGAGGCGAGCCACGCGCUUGAAACAAGCGAGCCACGCGCUUGAAACAAAAUCUAAGUUUAAGAAAAGCAGGGAAUUGAAGAAUCUUUCAUGGGCAAUCAACUACGAUACUAAGGGAGGUAGCUCAAGUCGAGGGAAGGGUAAAGGGCUUUGUGAUGUUCGGGUUGAUGAUCAGUUUUAAGGAAUCUAGGGGAUGGGGUCGGGGAGGUGUAAUGAUAGUUUUCCAAUUCGGGUUUGGUGUAUUUUGGGUAGGUUUUCAUGGGCUUUUGGGUCAUUAUGGGCUUUCUUGUAUGGGCUAGGUGUUUUUCUUAUAUACGUCUAGUGUACUCGGUUACUCCUAUUGAUUUAUAUACAUAAUAUUAUAACUUAUAAAAAAAAAACU